GUUUUCGCCCCUCCCUGCCCAUUCGCCCCGGGACUGUAGAAAGCCAUGGCACCCACCGCGCUCGAUCUCACGCUGGGCAUGCUGUUUAGCUCCCUGGUGCUGUCCUCUGUCCUUUACGGAUGUAGUUUGCUUCAGGGCUGGCACUACUAUCGUGUGUAUGCCAGGAAGGACAGCUGGGUGUACAAGGGCCUGGUCAUCUUCAUCCUCGUCUUCGACACUGUUCAACAGGGAAUGUUUGCUUCAUCUGUCUACUGGUACUGCGUGACAAACCAUGGCAAUUCGUUGGCGCUGGGCCAACUUGAAGGCACGCUCGCUUACCAGGUGCUCUUCGUUGGCCUGCUGGCCUUUGUUGUCCAGCUAUUCUACUGCCAUCGUGUAUACCGCCUGAGUCACGGGAACUACUAUGUGACCGCUCUCCUCAUUGCGUCUGCCAUCUCCGCUUUCACUUGUACUUUCGUCUUCUCGGUCCGCUGCGCGCAGAUGUCGACGUUCGCGGAAUUGCCGGCAAUUAAGAACAUCAACAUUGCGAUUAACAUCACCUCCGCGGCGACCGACGUGCUCAUCUCGAUUUCGAUGAUCUUCUGCUUGCAACAGUCGAAGACGGGCUUCAAGCGAUCGAACGACGUGCUCAACCGCUUGAUCGUGUUCACCUUCAACACCGGAUUGCCGACGAGCUUCACCGCUCUCUGGUGUUGCAUUGCCAUCAACGUCUGGCCCGACACCUUCAUCUACAUGCUUACCUUCUUCCUUGAGGGUCGCCUGUUCACCAACUGCCUGAUGGUCACGCUCAACAGUCGUGAGCACAUCCAGCAGUCGCUCGCUGGCGGCCACAGCGACAGCUAUGCCCUCUCCAGCCGCGAUCGAUCCGGCCCUCGCCUCCAGGGAACCGGCGCGUCCACGGGCGCCAUCGCUGUCCGCAUCGACACCUCGCAGCAGAUGGACGGCUUGGACGACUACAAGCAGCACCCGAGCGAGUCGCAGUUCAAGUCAUAGACCGCUCGCCCGCCUUCAGGGUCCCGCUCCGAGUAGACCGGGCGCGUGUGCGAGUAGGAACUCUCGUGCGACUGUCGGUGCCAAUCAGUCGCACCUCGUUCAUGACCACCCGCCGCACGCCGCCCCAUAAGCCGCCGCUCAAAAUCGCCAUCACCUUCACUUCUUACAGUACCGACCCCUCGCGUAUUUUUACUUGUCUACGUUCCUCUCGUUACACAUAUACAGUAGCCGUUUGUCUGCGCCUUCACCGUCUAAGUAGACAUGUAAAAUAUUGGGCCAUUAUUGCAUAUGCAUGUACUUAGAGCACAUAGGGCUGUAAGACUGAAGACACUUAUUCUGACUGCGCUGCGUGAGACA